GCUCUUUUGAAACUUAGUGCGCGCCACAAGCUCGCCGGAUUCGAAUGUUCCUCUAAAAUUUCCGAGCUUUCGUGGCCAAAAACCUCGUGUGUACAAAAUAGUUUUCAAUUUUCAUUUCAAAUUAUCAAAAAAAGAAUUUAAUUCUUUUUUUUCCCCGAAGAAAGAUUGCAAACAAAAAGAAACAAAUCUCCCUGGAAUUAUAAUGACAGGAAGAGCUCAAAGUGUGAACUAAACCGUCAAGUGGGAGUGGGGAAAAGUCAUUGGACUUUGUUGGGGGGCCGGGGAAAAGUUUUCACUUUGCAGAAGAAAAGGAGAAAAAAAAAGAAGUUAACUGUUCUCUAGUGAAUGAUAAAUAUAUCAAGUACCGCGGGAGAUUGAUCUCUUCCGCUUGGGAAACCGAUAAUCACCUCAUUGAGUUAUCUGAUCGAAUCCCUCUGGCUUUUCGAAUCUUGAGAAGGAGAAAAGAAUCUCUUGGAAUAAAAAAAAAAGGGGGGAAAACUUCUUUUUAACCGAGAGAUGCCAAUUAGAAGUCGAUCUUUAAUUUCCUUAGAACAAAGUUGAUAUAAUUGUGAUCUGUUGAUAUACGGAGACUAAUUUGACAUUUUCAAGGUGGGACGAAUGAAAAAAAUGAACUGACAGUUGUUUUUUUUUUUCUAGAAGUGAGCAAGAAACGGAGUUUAGGGACUUUGAAAAUGAGCGGGAGUUCAGUGCUGCUGUGCAUGUUUGCACUUCUUGCGAUGAUCCAAGUUUCAAAAGCAAGUUGGGAGGAAUGGUGGACGUAUGAUGGAAUUUCAGGACCUUCCUUCUGGGGCCUCAUAAAUCCACAAUGGUCAUUGUGCAGCAAAGGUAGACGGCAAAGUCCCAUCAACAUUGAGCCGGACAAGUUGCUCUUCGACCCACACCUGAGACCAGUGCAUGUGGACAAACACAGGAUAUCUGGUCAUUUACACAAUACAGGGCAAUUUCUUGUAUUCAGGGCGGAUAGAGAUGUGAAAAUUCGAGUAAAUAUAACGGGAGGUCCACUUGCCUAUCACUACCAAUUCGAGGAAAUUUAUAUUCAUUAUGGAUUAGACAAUUCACAUGGUUCCGAACAUCGAGUCAACAAUUAUGCAUUUCCUGCUGAGAUUCAAGUCUAUGGAUUUAACGCUGAAUUGUAUCACAAUAUGAGUGAAGCACAACACAAAAGUCAGGGUUUAGUAGCUAUUUCACUAAUGGUACAGGUUGGCGACACGCCGAACCCGGAACUACGGAUAAUAACCAGCGUGUUCAACAAGGUGCAAUACCGAGGUGACAAGGCUCAAGUUCGACACUUGUCGCUGAGAUCUUUACUUCCCGAUACCAACGGAUACAUGACCUAUGAGGGAAGUACAACACAUCCUGGAUGUUGGGAAACUGCAGUCUGGCUUGUGCUGAAUAAACCUAUCUACAUCACUGCUCAGGAGUUGUACGCUUUGAGAAAACUGAUGCAAGGACCAGACAACUCCCCAAAGGCACCUCUCGGGAACAACUCGAGACCACUGCAAGGACUACACCACAGAACUAUCAGAACAAAUAUUGAUUUUCACAAGCAACGUCCAGAAGCUAAAUGUCCAACAAUGGCAAAGGAUAUGAAAUACAAAGCAAACACAUGGCGAGACGCUGGCGAGUCAUAUUCACGAAAUAUUUACUGAGACUGGCUGAAUGAUGACGCUUGGCUUUUUCGUCCUGACGAAGAUGACAACGUGUCUAACUGCCGUGAAACUUCAGAUAAUUUAUUUUUCUAUGGAGAUUUCGAGUUCGAUUGAGUGUCACUGGUGACACUCGCACACUAUAUCCUCAAAAAUACUGUAUUCAUUAUUGUGAAAAAUAAUGGUGUAAAAUAUAUAUUUAAAUGAACAGAAAACAGUUCGGUUGUGCGUGUAUGAUAUGCGUAUUGUGCUAUUAAUAAAAAAAUUAAAUAAAUAAAAACACUCCAACGAGUUGAUUGAAGAUAGUGUAAAAAAACAAAUACGUAAGCUAGACAAUUUUCUACAUUGUAGUAUAUUUCCAGAAUGAAGUAAAUUGGAUAAAAUUGCAAAAAAAAGACAACUUUUGUUAUGGAAAUUACUCUUUGAUGAAAAUUGAAAAUAUACAUAUUAUAUACUAGGUCACGGUUUAUAGACAGUUAUAUUGUAAAAAAUGUGUAAAAAAAGAGAAGAAUGGAAAGUAAGCUGCGUUAGUUAUAAAUAUAAUUAAAAAUGUUAGACUCGUGCAAAGUGAAUUUAUUUCUACGAUGAAAACGAAAUUCGAAAAUGGACCAGGAAAAGUCGCUCGCUUCUUAUCAGCAAAACGAAACGUAAAAUUUGACAAUACGGACCCUAUAUAUAUAAAAUCCAAUUUAGUUAAUAAAAAAAAUUUUUGCUUCAAAGUCAAUUAUUAAUAUAUAACUAAUAGGCCAUCUUUUAUCUGUUUAUAAUCGAAAUAAAAGGAAUUUAAUUUCCGUUUAGAAAAAAGUAAAAAAAAAAGAAAAGAGAUUGUCAAUUAUUUUGUAUUUAUUCCCAAUGUUAUGUCACACUAAAAAAAGCCGUUUUUUGAAAAAGCAAUGAGAUAAUAAGAGAAGCCGCAGCUCUCGAGGAAUUUCACAAGAAGCCUCAGGUGACAGAAAAAUAGUCUGAAAAAUCACAAUGAAAAUAAUAAUAAUAAAAAAAAUGUUUAAAUAAAAAUCGAAUUUCAUUUCUCCAAGUUGUACUUUUUCUAUACAUAUAUAUUUAUAUAGGUAUAUAAAUAUUAUUCCAUUGCUGUCUCUGGGGAAUGUUUAUUCUUGAAAAACAAACAAGCGAGGUGAAGGGAAUCUCACAAAGGCAUAAACCAAGCGAGAAUAUUACUGAAAUCGUAGAAUAGCAACAAAAAAAAGGGAAAGAAAAAUCUUUCCCAUCGCUUUUGUAUAUAAUGUACCUUUAGGCGUCAAUCUAGAGUGUAUAGAGAACAAAAGCUAAAUCAAUUGUAUUAUAUGAAAAGAAUUUGAAGAAAUUGCUAAAAAAUCAUGGUUAACAAAUAAUAAUAACAAUAAAUAAAUAACACGUUAUAUUGUAAA